CGACUUGCCAGACGAACAUCAACACAAAGAGCAACAGACAACAGACGUCAGUGGUAUUUGUAUCGAUAUAAAAUAGUAUUGUAAUUUAAAUUUAAAAAAUAUGUGCAAAAAUUAUUUUGUUAAAUUUUUCUCGCUUUACUGGUAAGUAAAAAAUAAAAAAAAUAAAAAUGGCCAAAGACGAAGGCGAUGAUUUAUUGCCCGAUAAAGAUGCAGCUAAAGGAUUUUAUGCCAAGUACGAGCCCAAGGAAAUUCUUGGAAGAGGAAUAUCAUCAACAGUAAGAAGAUGCAUUGAAAAAGAAACGGGAAUAGAGUAUGCGGCUAAAAUAAUUGAUAUUAGCAAUGAAACUCAUGAUGGUGUUGAAGGUCAUUCGAUGAAAGAUGCGACAAUGCAAGAAGUUUUUAUUUUAAGACAAGUUGCAGGACAUCCUUAUAUAAUUGAACUACACGACGUAUUUGAAUCAAGUACAUUUAUAUUUCUAAUAUUUGAAUUAUGCAAAAAUGGAGAGUUAUUUGAUUACUUGACAUCUGUCGUGACGUUGUCUGAAAAAAAAACCCGGUACAUUAUGCGGCAGGUAUUCGAAGCCGUAUUACAUAUUCACACUCAGGGUAUCGUUCACCGGGACUUGAAACCUGAAAAUAUUUUGCUCGACGACAAUUUAAAUGUCAAAGUCACGGACUUUGGGUUCGCAAGAAUGUUGAAGCCUGGUGAUAAAUUAUUUGAUUUGUGUGGAACCCCCGGAUACUUGGCGCCGGAAGUAUUAAAAUGCAACAUGUUUGAAAACACUGAUGGUUACGGAUCCGAAGUCGAUGUAUGGGCAUGUGGUGUAAUAAUGUUUACAUUAUUGGUAGGAUGCCCGCCGUUUUGGAACCGCAAACAAAUGGUUAUGCUGAGAAAUAUAAUGGAAGGUAAAUAUUCAUUCACUUCUCCAGAGUGGGCGGAUAUUACCGACACUCCCAAAGAUUUGAUAAGAAAAUUAUUGGUCGUCGAUCCUAAUAAACGGGCGACAAUAAGAGAAGCUCUUGAUCAUCCAUUUUUUCAUACUGUGUUAUGGGACCAAGACAUUGCACCUCUCAAGCGUUCUCUAUCUUCUAAUUCGCGACGUCUUAGUAGGAUUUCUCAGUUAGCUUUGGAGUUGAAAGCUAAAUCGUUCGACGCACGGAAACGAUUUCAAUUAGCUAUUCUUUGUGUACGUGCCGUUGUACGUAUCAAGAGAUUACACACAACUCCAGAGCCAUUGUCUACUUUAGUCGCUCGUGAUGAUCCAUACAGAAUUAAAGUUCUGCGUAAGGUAAUAGACGGCUGUGCCUUCAGAGUCUACGGUCACUGGGUAAAAAAAGGAGAAGGACAAAAUCGUGCUGCACUUUUUGAAAACACAGCAAAGACCGAGCUCAAGCAUCUAUACGUCAGUAAUUUAAGUAGAUAGCCGAUCUUCUAAAUAGUUAAUUAUUUAAAUUAGAUAAUUUCUUUUAUUUUAUUUUUUUUUUUUAUGAAAUUAUAAUUAAAUGAGAAUGUUAGAAGUUUGUAUAAAUAUCAUAUAUUUUUAUUCUAGCACUUAAUUAUUUUAUUAUUAUUUUUUUUUAGUGUCUGCUCUUUUAAUUAUUAUUUUAAGAGAUACAUUUUACAAGUAGGUUUGUUUAAUUUAUUCUAGUCAAUUUGUUAAUAGCUGGAGUGUAUUAAUUAACUUUAUUAAUUAAUUGAAGAAAAAUGAGUUUUUAAUAAAUUUUAAUACAUGUCAAAAAUAGCGCACGAGAUUUUAAAAAAUAUAAUGUUUU